UUUAAAAUAGAAUUCACUAUUAGAUAUUUUAAUAGCAGACAACAGGCCGUGCUAACUUUAUGCUUCUGUUAUGUUUUACUUCAAGCACUUCAAUGGGACCUCUGGAUACUGCACUGACAGCAGUGUCUAAACAAUAAAAAUUUAGCCAGCUGAUCGAAGGAAUCACUUUUUACAACAUGUAAUCACAUUUUAGAACGAGGUGGUGCUCCAGCCCAUGAGUGUCCACAUUAUAUUAAAUCAUCUGGAGAAAAUAUCUCUAACAUUGAUCUGAUUUAAGAUGGAAAUGAGAUUUUAGCAGAGAGCUGCAGCAGACUGAGGCUGAAACAGACAAGUCAUCGUACAGUGUUGCUCUCCCUCACGACCGGGGGGAAAGUUCAUUUAUGGUGUUUCACUGAGAUCACGCAGCCGUCAGUCCUCCGUCAGCAGACGACAAACUGACUCCUGCAACAGAAACUGACAGACUCGGCUCUUUCCAGAACUCCAGGAUGUUUCACCUGAAGGAUGGACAAUCCCCAAACCCUCGACUCUGUACCCUGAGUGUUUUAGUUUUCCACCACACUGUUGUCCUGCUGCUGCUGUGUUUAAGGUUAGAAAGUGAGCUUCAGUUAAUUGGCCCACGUCAGCCAAUUGUAGCAGUAGUUGGAGAUGACAUCAUUUUGCCGUGUCACCUGGAACCUGCCAUGGAUGUUGCUUCCACAGCUGUGGAUUGGUCGAGACCAGACCUGACACCCAGAUUUGUUCAUGUGUGGCGCUCUGGUCACGAACUUCUGGGUGAUCAGCAUCCAUCAUACAGAGGAAGAACGUCAGUGUUCACUGACAGACUGAAGCACGGAGACAUUUCACUGAAACUCUCCAGAGUGCAGCUCUCAGACGGGGGCACGUACAGGUGCUUCAUUCCCCUGUUGCAUAGGCACUCCACUGUGAAGCUCGUCUUUGGCUCUGUCUCCUCACCUGGUGUAGAGAUUUCCAAAGUCAGCAGUGGAGUGUUGUUGGUGUGUAAAUCUACAGGCAGGUAUGUAGAGCCUGAGGUGUUGUGGCUGGACGGUGAGGGAGACCUCGUCUCUGCUGGACCUCCAGAGACAGUCAGAGGUCCUGAUGACCUCUAUACUGUCAGCAGCAGAGUGACUGUGGAGAAGAGACACGGCAACAGCUUCACCUGUAGAGUCCAGCAGAGGAACAUCAACCACACCACAGAGACAACUGUUCAUCUUCCAGUUUCUCUCUUCAUGUUCGAGCCCAGCACUGCUGCUCGUAUCAUCAUCUGCUUGGUUGUGUCCAUCGUGCCUGUUGUUGCAGUUGUCGUUGUUGUGAUGAAAUGGGGACGAAACAAAAAAGAAACCACAGACCACAACACAGAAUAUCUGAUGGUGGGAGAAGGAGACAAAGAGACGCCCAUGACAGGAAGGGAGACUAUCAUCUAUCUGGACAACACAAAGGCUAAACUUGAUGAGGAGUUACAGAAGACUGAGGAAGAACUGAAACAUGUAAAACAGAUGGCUGAAAAACUGACGAAGCAGAAGACUGAUCUGAAGAACCAGACACAAGGACUCAACUCACUGCUGCAGGAGGACAAGGCGCAGAUGGUGGAGUGUGAGAAGAAGCUGAGGGAGAAAACCAAAGCUGACAAAGAAGUAAAAAUACAGAAGCGUCUAAAGACCCAAAUGGCUGUGGAGCGGAGAAAGAAAGAACAUGAUGAACUGUCACUGAACACACAGAAACUACUGGAGACAACAGAGCAGAUGAUUAUUGAAAUGUCAGAGAGGAAGGGAAAACUAGAGCGAGAUAAAGAGCAAAUAAUGAAACACCUGGAGGUGACAGAGAGAAGGAGAGAAGAGGUUCAGAAGAAACUUCAGUCAGAGGGAGAAGAGGAAAUGAUAGAUGCAGCACCCAGUGAUCCAUCAUGAUUGGUUCACUUUACUUCCUGUUAACACACUUUGUUGUAGAGAACCUGAGGCGUCUUUUCAGGUCCUUCACCAUCACCUGAAGCGUCUACCUGCUUAUUAGAAACUCCUCCAACUACAGUCUGAACACAUG